UUUCGCUGCUCUAUAUAUAACUUAUGUCGGUACCAAGACUACCAAUUCAGUGUCAGUUGAUCUUUGACCGUGACGGUGAUACGUUUGGUUUAUUAGUUUUAGAUCCGCAACAAUGUUGUGGUUUAACCUCCUACUGCUUUUUGCAGUCGUGAUUACUAGUGGCGAUAGUUACAAAAUCUUAACCCUUUUUCACAUACCUAUCAAAAGUCAUCACAUUCUAGCCUCAAAACUUGUCAAGGAAUUGGCGAGAAAAGGGCACGAAGUUACGUUCGUCACACCGUUUCCAGAAAAAACACAGGAAAAGAAUGUUAAAGAGAUUUCUUUGGAGGGAUUACAAGCCCUUUUUCCACCCGGCACCACCUGCACAUCCGAGUUCAAAAAAGAAGACACGUCCCUGCUCCAGAAAGCUAUUUUCGUAGACAAAAUCCAGUACAACUUUACUAAGUACUUACUCUCGCAUGACAAGAUUCACGAUUUGUUAAAAACCCAAGAACACUAUGACGCUGUUUUAUUGUAUUAUUACUUAAACGACGCAAUGCUUGCACUAGCACACCAUUUCAAAGCUCCAGUGGUACUAUUUGCUUCCAUGCCCCUGUAUGUUUCCGAAAGUUUUCUUCUUUCGCACCCAUCACCAUCUUCCUACGUCCCAAACAUCUUAACCGACUUUACGGGACGGAUGACCUUUUACCAACGACUUCAAAACAGCUUCCUGGACGCGUUCAUGAUUCUGUACUACCACUGGUUCAUGUUACCUCAACACCAAGCGCUUGUUGAUGCCUACGUACCCGGAAAGCCCGAUUUGUACCAAAUUUUGAACAACGAGAGUUUAGUACUGCUUAAUUCGCACGUUAGUACGAACGAAGCGGUACCAGUGGUACCCAACGCUGUAGAAAUAGGGGGUUUUCAUAUCGAAGAACCCAAACCGCUACCCAAAGACUUGCAGAAGUUCCUCGACGACUCUAAGAACGGAGUCGUGCUUUUUUCAAUGGGCUCGAUUGUGCGAAGCGCGCAUUUCCCGAAGGAUAAGAGGAAAAUACUGAUUGAUGUUUUCUCAAAGCUGAAAAUGAAUGUGUUGUGGAAAUUCGAACAAGAGCUACCGGAUUUGCCGCCCAAUGUCAAGAUUAUGGAGUGGAUACCGAUUUCGGAUGUUUUAGCCCAUCCCAAUGUAAAAGUUUUUAUUACUCACGGUGGUUUGCUGAGUACCAUGGAAGGUGUGUACCACGCGGUACCAUUGGUUGGAAUCCCCAUUUUCGCCGACCAGAAAAUGAACAUGGCUUUGGCUGCGUCGUACGAAUACGCUGUUGAAGUUUCGUACCAGGAAUUAACAGAAGAAAAAUUGUCGCAAGCGGUGGAUGAAGUUUUAAAGAAUCCGAAAUACAAAGAAAAUAUACAAAGACGUUCAAAAAUAUUACGGGACAGACCUCUUAAACCCAUUGAUAGUGCUCUUUAUUGGAUUGAGUAUGUGAUUCGUCACCAGGGAGCCCCACAUCUUAGGUAUCCUGGAGCGGAUCUGAACUGGCUUCAGAGGAAUUUGAUUGAUGUAGCGGCUUUAGUUGCUGUCGUGGUACUAGUGCCAGUAUUAGCACUAGUUGUUGUUUUGAAGCGACUUACGAAAAACAAAAUCAAGCAUAAAAAAGAAUAACAGAAAUUGUAAAUAAGGCUGUUUGUAAUUUGUUGUGAUAUUAAAGUUUUAUGAUAGUG